AUGGAACCUGCUCAGAGUCCCAAUUUGGCCGACUUGCUCAGCGGCUUGUCGAGCCCUGAAGAUGCCAGUCGCAAGAUGGCAGCUUUCAAGCUGCAGUCGCUGAUCAAUGAUCCCUCCUUCGCGGAACAUUUCGUGCUUGCCGGUGGACUGUCGCGACUGCGCACCCUCGUCCUUGAGAGCAGCGGAAACACGUUGGCUUAUAGUCUCGCGAGCUUCGCGAGGCUAUUGGAGGUUGACCAAGGAUGGGAGGCUGUCAACAACAAGGUCGUUGAGAAGGUCGUGGAACUGGUAGUCUGUCAACCUCUGGUCAACAUCCUCCGAGGCGCAAUGGCCAUUCUCGUAUCAAUUGUCUCUCGACCAUACUACGCAGACAGAUACUCACAACUCGGUUCGAACCACAAUGCUGGAGGCUUUCAAGCGCUCAAACCUGCCAUCGCACUAUAUCCUCAAUUUCUGGAAAUGUUGGUGACGAGACUGUCAUCUGCAGACCACGCCCUUUGUGCCAAUGCGCUCCAGCUGAUCAAUUCACUCAUGCGUGACGCCAUCACGAACGACAACGAGACCGAGUGGCCCAAAUUCAUCAAGCGAAUCCAAGAUCUGGGGGUCAUUAAGGCAGUUUAUGUGCUGAUGCAAAGCUCGGCCCUACAAGAUUUGGCGCAUCCGCUACUGGAGUUUCAGGCGUUGACAAAGAUAUUGCUGAGACGAUGGAGAGACGUACCAGUUGAUCUGGUGAAGCCGGAACAUCGGAGGACGAUCAAGGCCGUCCAUCUCUCGAGCAACCCGGACAAGCCUGCGGAAUCCGAGGCCCGAAACGGAGAGGCAAAGCCGAAGCACAAUCCUUAUAAGUGGAGGCGUCUUGGUUUCACUUCUGAGACCCCUGAACCAGAUUUUGCAGAGACGGGGUUCCUGGGUAUGAUGGAUCUCUCUGACUAUGUCCGCAAGCAUCAAGAUGAGUUCCAGAAUAUUCUGCUUGAGCAGUCAGUAACACCCGAACAAAACCGUUGUCCGCUGGCUCGCGCGAGUUUGACCUUGACGGCCAUCCUAUUCGAGCAUUUCGAGGUGGACAAAGUGGAACUGGAAGAUUCCAAAAGCUACCUCGCUUUGGAGAGUCGGACAAAUUUUGACAAGGUCUUCAAGCCACUCUUGUUACACUGGAGUCGACUGCACGUUGCCGGCUUGCAUGCUUUCUUCCGAAUCUGGAAGGCGACAGGCGCCGAAACCGCCGACUUUCCUAAAAUCGUGGAGCUGGUGAGAAUAUUGGUUGAGAGUGUUGUCGGUGGCGCUGAACGCACCAAGGGCAUCGAAGAGAUCGAGAAGGAGAUGGCGGCUUUCGAGUACCAUAAGCUUCGCGAGCUGCAGAUGGAAUUGCUGGAGCUGACUUAUGAGGACGUCUGGGGUCAGCAUCUGCGUGGGGUGAAAGAAGAGCUGCACACCGAGGCCUUGCAAUUUGUCAAGGAGCAAAGAAUCCGAUGUCUGCUUGCUGGGUCGUGGUUCCCCAACGGCACCUAUACGGACCAAGAAGGCGGGGGCCCCGUCACAGAGGACAGCCUCGUUCAAAAUUCGACCCACGGCUACCGCUUUGUGCGCCUCUCGGAGACGCGGAAAUAUCUCCACUGGGGAGAUUUUGAUGAGAAGGAGGAGCAGGCGCCGUCAACAUCGAGCCUCCGUGACAAGAUCGACCUGUCGAUUGUCUCGUCCGUGGUAUCAAAUGUGACAGCAAACGAACGGUCCUCAUUCAGCUCGGACUCGACACUGAAAGAACUGGCGCACGAUCGAUUUACCACCAACAAAAUCACGAUCCAUGGGUAUUUGCCCAAAUCGCGUGGUGCACGGAGUGAGCAUUCGAGGACUUCCUCCAAGACUUCUUCUGCCCGCAGUGCGUCCAAGGAGACAGUCCUGCUGACGUUCCAUCCAAAUAGCCACAGCGUUGCUUCGGAAUGGCUCGAUGGGCUCCUGAUGCUCCUGGAGCAGCAACCGAUCACUGCGGAGACGAAUAGACUAAUACACAUGAUUAGCGACUAUGGACUGAAAGUCCGUUUGCUGAAUGUACGGUUCAACGACGAGGAAGGCAUCGUGGAGGGCAUGGAUGGAUUGGAUGGCCCUGAGAUUCCCAGCCGAGAAGGUUUGGACGACGGCUAUUACUACGAAAUAUGA